AUGUCGGGUCCCCAAGUCGCCCAGGCCUCCCCACGGAACCCCGUUGAUUCCAGGCGCAAGAGGAAGGCCAAGGAUGCUAGCGCCGGCAAGCACGAGGCCAAGCGCAUCCGCACGCAGGAAGAGGAGGCCGUCGCGAAUGGAACGCCAACCGUAAACGAGACUGCGCUCGUGGUUGGUGGACAAAAUGCAGUGGCUAAGGUCGGAGGGGAUGAGAGCAAGCAGGUGAAGAAGAAGAGCCGUGGAAAGAAGGAUACUUGGUACACGUCUGACCCCGCGGGUGGACGUUUCCUGCACAUCGAGCCCGUUUUCAGCCGAGACGAGAGAUACCUUAUCUUUUCUACAGCAAGAGCAGUGCACAUUUACUCAACCGCAACCUCGCUUCUCGUCCGUACUCUCCCGAGCAACACGAGCCACCCCAUCUCUGCCUACGCGUUGUCAAGCGCAAACCCUGACAACAUCUAUGUGUCCGAUGCUUCCGGAUUUGUUGUGCUGUGGGACUGGGUGAACGGGAGGAAAUUGGGGCGUUGGGAUCUUGCUUCCCGCAUACAGGGCAUGACCACUGCUCUGUUCGAGGAGGAAAAUGGUACCAAGGUCGACACGCUGUAUACCCACGAGAGAGGCCAAAGCAAUACCAUUUCUGCCCACAGGUUGCGCGGCCGCAGCGAAGGAAAGGACUCUGAGGCUGUUGUGCUGCUGAAGACGAAAUUGGCGAUCCAAUCUUUCAGUGUUGCCGCCGAUGGGCAUGUUAUUGCCGUCGCGUUCACCGACAGAGUUAUGAUUGGAAAGGCAAAGGAAACUUCGAUGACGGAGCUCAAGAACUUCACGUUCGUGUGGAGGGAGAUUAAGUGCACGGAGACUGUGACAGCAAUUGACGUGCGGGUCGGGCGCCCGGACGUGAAGAAGGAUACCAAGAAAACACCACGCAAGGGCGCCGCGCCUUCGGCCAAUGCGACCAAUCUGACCAUCGGUUGCGCCAAUGGUGCCGUGUUUGUCUACGAGGACAUUCUGCUCAAGCUGAUCCAGGCUGAGAACCCGAAGAAGGAGUCUCAACCUGUCAGCCUUGCGCCGCGUCUCUUCCACUGGCACAGAAAUGCUGUCGCGACGACCAAAUGGUCCCUGGACGGGAACUACGUUCUUUCUGGCGGUCUGGAAUCUGUUCUGGUUAUCUGGCAAAUGGAGACUGGCAAGAGGCAGUACUUGCCGCAUCUUAGUGCAGCGAUUGACAACCUCAAGAUCUCCCCGUCAGGGUCUUUGUAUGCUGUUCAGUUGGCCGAUAACUCUGUUAUUGUGCUUUCCACCACGGACCUCGAGGCGAAGGCGAACAUUGCUGGAGUCCAGUCACAGGUCCUCUCCCUUGGUUCUACAAACACGCCCGAAGAGCGUCUGUUGGACGAAGUGCAGCGUACUCCAGCUGCCAUCAACCCUCUGCGCUCAAGCCAGGUCCUGCUUGCUGUACCUGCUUCGCAACCGAAAACCGAUGCGAGCAUCAUCCAUUUGCCUGCUCCAUUCCUCCAAACUUACGACAUCUCCGCCAACCAUCACGUCUUCCGCCAAGCCAUAACCCGAAACAACGCUACGAUCUUCGCCCAGGGUCCAAACGCAGCUAGGCUGCGGGAACCGGACGUCAAGCAUCUGCAGGUCAGCCAUGAUGGACGCUGGUUGGCUACUGUUGAAGAGUGGGCCCCGCCUGCCGACGACGUUGAGCAUCUGGCGGCCGAGAAGCUCAUGAUCGAGGAGGAGAAGCGUGCUCGUCGGGAGAUCUAUCUCAAGUUUUGGCUGUGGAACGAGCAGACCGAGCAAUGGAUGUUGGAGACGCGUAUUGAUGCUCCUCAUCAAUUUGCUGACAAGCUGGUCUCCGGUCGUGUUUUCGACUUGAAGUACGACCCGACUGACGCCUCCUUUACUACGGUCGGUGAAGAUGGCUAUGUUCGCAUCUGGGCCCCCAAGACCAGGUUACAUGACGGCACUGUCGUCCGAGGAAGCAAAGGCGAAGGUCUCAUCACUUGGGCGAACCGCCACUCUGUAAGGCUCGAGGCCAGCCUUGAGAGCCUUGAGUCCACUGAGGCAUCCCCAGCACAGGCCCCUAUUCAUGCUCGUCUCGCCUAUUCCCCCGACGGUUCCGUCCUCGCCGCCAGUCAGGAAUUCCACGGCAAUGCCAGUCAGGGCUUAGUCCACUUCAUCAACCCUGCUUCUGGUACAAUUCGUUACUCCCGCGGCGGUCUGUACAACACUGGCCUCGUUGAUUUGGGAUUUAUUGGCCGCCAGUUCAUCAUCUUGGCAAACUCACUCAGUGUUUGGGACCUCGUCGAUGAUGAACUCAGCUUCGGUUAUAGCAUUCGCCCGCUUAACCUCAAUCGUGCGCAGAAGGCUGAAAUGGCCCAUCUUGCAAUUAAUCCGACCGACAACACGUUCGCCGUCGCCCUCCCAGUCACCGAACUUGACACUAAGAAGUCGGCGGAGAAGCCCAACACCAGACGCCAGUCCAAGAUUGUCGUUUUCGGAGCCUCGAGUCCUAAACCACUCUACACGCAGCAGAUCAACUGUCUUGUCACGGCACUCCUCCCAGCACAGGGUGGCAAGGGUUACGUUGCCCUUAACACGACCGCCGAGAUCCGUGUCAUCGCGCCCAAGACCAGCUAUGAGCUACAGCUCAUUGCACCCAUCGCACAGGCCGAGCAGAACCUCGCGGAGAUUCAGGACGAGGAGACGGCACUCGAGCCGAUUGGUGAUGAGGGUGAAGAUGAGGAGGAAGACAGCAGGUCAGCGGUGCCGCUUGCGGAGGAGGUUGAAUACUUGGAAGAUGAGCAGGGCGCACAGGGUGACAAGCCACUCGUCAGGCCAGAGCAGCUGGCUAACGUGUUUGACGUCGGACCGUCGUUCGCGUUGCCGCCCGUCCGGGACCUGUUCGAGGCGGUGGUUCACCUGUACGCCAGGAAGCCGCGGGUGGCUACGGCUGCGUGA